UCCGGAUGAAGGAGGAAGGUUCUACGGCCACAAAUAACAGGAGAAAAACAGACCCUCACGAUCCACCGUCCACCAUAGGACUCGCAAUUUCGGCCGAGAAAAAAUCCCGAAAUUUUCCUUUCGUUUUCCCCCUCCUCUUUCUCGAAAGCGAAACAGAAAAUUAGAAACCUUCGACUAACUCUGAGCGAUGAGGAAGCUGAGCAGAAAAUUGAGAAAUUCACAGGACGACGACUUCUCUCUCCCCACUUGGGACGAUCCUGCCCGCAACGAUUCUCGCCCCAUGGAUACUCAAGAGCAAGAGGAGUUGGUUCGUGAAUUGGAGAAGAGUCAAGCUCAACAGAGUCGGUUGUGGAGGGUUUUGUUUGCAUCGCUUCUCUUUUGUUUCUCAGCGUUUCUUUUGUACUCAAUCUGUCAGCAGGUUUUGUCUCCAUGGGAAUUGCGUUAUCAUGCUUACUUCAUGGAGGAGGUGCCCUCAUGGAUGGUUAUAUCUGCAGAUUGGCUAGCUGUUCUAGCAUGUUCAUCAGCUAUCAUAGGAUUACUUCAUGAUUCAAAGCAUCACCGCCGAUGGAUUUGGUACUCACUCUUUACUGGCAUUGUACUCGCAGUUUUUUGGUUGUAUUACAUGUUGAGUUUGCCAAGGUUCCGCUGGGAUAUAAUCUGGCUUCCAUUUGGACCUCUAAGCGGGGCAGGACUGGCUCUGUACAUUGAUCAUCUGCUAACUGAGUCAUCAGAAGAGAUAAGAAAACUUCGAGGCUAUAUGGAGAGGGAGAGGGAGGCCAUACCAGCUUGAUUCUCCGUAUUGUAUGGAAAAAUCCUGGUUGAACUCUAAGGCUUCAAACAUUGGGGACCUGCAGGCUUCAUGUCAGCACCACGAUAGUCAUAAAAGACCACAAAAAAUUACUGAGUAAUUUUGAACAAUAUUUCCAUGUAAUUUCUUUAAACACAGACGAAUAGAGAGACGGUGAUGAGAGCAUAUUUGUUGAAUGAUGGUUUUUUAAGUGAAAAAGCAUUGUCAAAACGGUAGGAGGAGAAGUCACAA